AUGAAUAAAGAGUUUUUUUUGGGUUCGAGCACGCACAUCGCAGGGAAAAAGCCAACCUUGCCCUUAAAGGAUAUCAUUAUGCGGCUGAAUAAUAUUUACUGUGGUCAUAUCGGCCUUGAAUAUGCCUACAUUCCAGACUUUGCGGUGUUGGACUGGCUGAGGCACAAGUUUGAGACGCCAGGUAUAAUGAAUAUUAGUACAGAGCACAGGAAGUGGACUUGGAAGCAAGUAAUGCGAGCAGUUUCUUUCGAGUCGUUUCUGGCCAAAAAAUUCGGCAGUGAGAAACGAUUCGGAUUAGAAGGAUGCGAGUCGUUCAUUCCAGCAAUGGCUGAAUGUCUCGAAACGUCGUCCGAAAAUGGAGUUGAGACGAUUGGGAUCGGGCUAGCUCACCGAGGGCGUUUGAACACUUUGGUGAACAUUUGUUUGAAGCCGAUGAGACAACUCUUCACUCAAUUCAAUCCAAUCGAAUUGGAAGGCUCGGGCUCUGGUGACGUCAAAUAUCACCUUGGUACUUACAGCCAGAGACUAUUGGACAGAACAGAGAAAACGAUAAGCGUUGCCAUAAUGCCGAAUCCGUCUCAUUUGGAAGCAGUGAAUCCAGUGGUUGUAGGACGCAUUCGAGCUGAGCAAGUAGCGAAAAAUGAUGAAAAAGGAGUUCGGUCACUUGCGAUAUUGGUGCACGGAGACGCGGCCUACGCUGGACAAGGUAUCUGCUUCGAAACUGCCCACUUUACAAGCCUUUCCGACUACACCACUGGCGGUGUUUUGCAUUUCGUAAUCAACAAUCAGAUCGGAUUCACAACUGACCCAAGGUACUCACGAUCCAGUCCACACUGCACAGACGUCGCUCGCGUGGUUAACGCUCCCAUAUUUCACGUCCAUGCUGAUGACCCGGAUGCAGUCGUCUAUUGUAGCAAAGUGGCAAGUGAAUAUAGGGCGAAAUUUCACAAUGAUGUAGUAGUGGACAUUGUUGGUUACCGUCGGAAUGGCCACAACGAGAUGGACGAGCCGAUGCUCACCCAGCCACUAAUGUACAAACGAAUUAAAGAACUUCCUAACGUUCUUGAAAUCUACAGUAACAAGCUACUCGGCGAGGGCGUUUUAACGGAGAAUGAGAUGAAGGCGGAAAAAGAAAACUUUCUACAGACUUGCGAAACGGAGUUUAAAAAGGCGCAGGAAGUCACGACAAUGCAUAUAAGUGACUGGCACGAUACACCAUGGUCUGAUUUCUUCGAGAAUCAAAGUCCAAAGGCAAAAAUUCCGCCGACUGGAAUUGACUCUGAAGACAUAAAGACCAUUUGCAUGGCAGUAUCGAUACCGCCAAAGGACAUUGAGGUUCACAAGCAGGUGAUAAGAGUAAUGGCUGGCCGGCUUGCUAUGACGAAAGCUCGUCAAAUUGACUGGGCUCUGUGCGAGUGCCUGGCGUUUGCAAGUUUACUGAAAGAAGGUCAUCACGUACGUCUAUCCGGGGAGGAUGUCGAACGAGGAACCUUUUCUCACAGACAGCACAUAGUUCACGAUCAGAACAAGGACAUGACAUGGAAGAAUAUAAUUCACAACAUAUUCCCGGGGCAAAGUCUUUACACUGUGUCAAAUUCUUCUCUCUCGGAAUACGGAGUCUGUGGAUUCGAGCUCGGUUAUUCAGCCUAUGAUCAUAAUUCCUUAACAAUAUGGGAAGCUCAGUUUGGGGACUUUGCCAAUACCUGCCAGGUGAUACUGGACUCGCUGUUAUGCUCCGGAGAGGCAAAGUGGGGCCGACAAGUCGGGCUAGUUCUGCUACUCCCACAUGGAAUGGAAGGCCAAGGACCAGAGCAUUCGUCUGCGAGGUUGGAACGCUUCCUCCAGUUGUCCGACGACGACUGCACCUACCUACCUGGCGAGGAACCUGGAUCUAGCGGGACAGAAACACCCGAGGAAAUAAUGACUCGGCAAUUGUUUAACAUAAAUUGGAUAGUGUGUAAUCCGACAACUCCUGCCAACAUGUUUCACCUCCUACGGCGUCAGAUACUCAUGCCAUUCCGGAAACCGCUGGUCAUAAUGACCCCGAAGUCAUUGCUUCGACACCCAGAGGCACGGUCAAACUUUGACGAAAUAUCAACCGGCACUUCGUUUCAGCCCGUGAUCGGGGACGCCACAGCGAACUCAAAGUCUGUUCAAAAAGUAAUCCUCUGUUCAGGUAAGGUUUACUAUGAUUUGGUUGGACAGAGGGCUGAGAGGAAACUGGAUGAUACGAUAGCUGUCAUACGCGUCGAGCAGCUUUGUCCAUUUCCUUACAGUUUAGUGGCGGAGGAGGUUCACAAAUAUCCAAAUGUUAAGACAUUAAUGUGGGUCCAGGAAGAGCACAAGAAUCAGGGUGGUUUUCACUUUGUGCGAGAACGGAUUGCCCUCUCCUUGCAUAAACACAUUGAUGAAAUAGCCUACGGCGGCAGAGCCACUUCGGCGUCUCCAGCAACCGGUAGCAAAGUAAUCUACCAAAAGGAAUUUAAACAAAUGAUAGAAACGGCGAUGAGCCUAGAAUGAAAUUGCAACGUUCAAGUAACUUUCCACUCAUCAAAUUUUUUAUUCACGAGUUCAUCAAAAUGAACAAUCUUUUAAUUCUGACUUUUAUACUCUCUGGGCAGAAACAUGCAAUAGGCAAACCCAGUCACACGUCAACAACAGGCGAGAUACCGUAAUUUGCUAAAUUAUCAGUAUAUUGCAUGGUAUUAA